AUGGCAGACAUCGAGGUCGCAAUGUCCGAGGAGCAGAAAGCUCCUCAGUCUCCCUUCCAGAAUGUCCGCACCAACGGUCGCGCCUUCAACUCUCCCAAUUGGCGCAUGAAGAGCGAGAACAGCAGCCCGAGGGCGUCCCCCUCCUCCACCCGCACCAACACAUAUCGCACCACUCCCCAGGCCAUCUCCGAGGGUCGUCGACUGUAUGUCGGCAACAUGCCUUAUACGGCCAAGUCGGAGGAUGUUGAGGCGCUGUUCACGGCGGCGGAAUUUGCUAUCGAGCGCGUCGACAUUGCCGUGGACCCCUUCACCGGCCGUAACCCCUCCUAUUGCUUUGUCGACCUCAAGACCAAGGAGGAUGCCGAGCGGGCCAUGCUCGAGCUUGAUGGCAAGGAGAUGCAAGGCCGCCCGGUCCGAAUCAAGCCUGGUGUGGCCAAGUCUCAGACCGAGCGGGCUGCUGAGCAGCCGGUUCGCACCCCCUUUGCCAUGAGUCGCUGGCGUUCCGAGGGAAGUCCCUCCAGCAGUAACCCCACCAGCACUUUCAGGUCCAACAGCGAUGCGAGUCAGCGGGUGUAUGUGGGAGGUUUGCCCCGGUUGACGGAACCCGAGAGUGUGCAGAGCAACAUGAAGACCUUUUUCCAAGGAUAUAAUGUUGAGACCGUCAGCAAGGUGUUCUCCCCUCAUCCGGCGAAGCGAUUCGAGCCUGGUGACCACUACUAUCUGUUUGUGGACUUGAGCAGCGUGGAGGAGGCUCAACGGGCCAUGGACACACUGAAUGGGCAGCAGGGCCCAUGGGGAGGGCCUCUGCGGGUGCAGCGAGCCCGUGGCACCGCCACCAAGCCCGAAGGUCAAUCUUCGUCGGCCGGACCAGAGGAGGCUCCUCUGUAG